CAGCGGUGGGUGGCGCGCACUCACAUAUGUCCUCCGCGCCACCGCGAUCGCCCACCCCGAGGGGCCCCAAGAUGAAGAAGGACGAGUCUUUCCUGGGCAAGUUGGGCGGCACGCUGGCGAGGAAGAAGAAGACUAGGGAGGUGACUGACUUGCAAGAAGAAGGCAAGAGUGCCAUCAAUUCUCCAAUGGCCCCGGCUUUGGUGGACAUCCACCCUGAAGACACCCAGCUAGAGGAGAAUGAGGAGCGUACCAUGAUCGAUCCCACCUCCAGAGAGGACCCCAAGUUCAAGGAGCUGGUCAAGGUGCUCCUGGACUGGAUCAACGACGUGCUGGCAGAGGAGCGCAUCAUCGUGAAGCAGCUGGAGGAAGACCUCUACGAUGGCCAGGUGCUACAGAAGCUUCUGGAAAAGCUGGCACACUGCAAGCUGAACGUGGCUGAGGUGACGCAGUCGGAGAUCGGGCAGAAGCAGAAGUUGCAGACGGUCCUCGAAGCUGUGCAAGACCUGCUUCGGCCCCAUGGCUGGCCACUGCGCUGGAAUGUGGACUCUAUCCAUGGAAAGAACCUGGUGUCCAUUCUUCACCUCCUCGUCUCCCUGGCCAUGCACUUCAGGGCCCCCAUCCACCUUCCUGAGCACGUGACUGUGCAGGUGGUGGUCGUCCGGAAGCGGGAAGGCCUGCUCCAUUCCAGCCAUAUCUCAGAGGAACUGACCACGACCACAGAGCUUAUGAUGGGCCGGUUUGAGCGGGAUGCCUUCGACACGCUUUUCGACCACGCUCCGGACAAGCUCAACCUUGUGAAGAAGUCUCUCAUCACAUUUGUGAACAAACACCUGAAUAAGCUGAACUUGGAGGUGACCGACCUGGAGACCCAGUUUGCAGACGGCGUGUACCUGGUUCUGCUUCUGGGCCUCCUUGAAGACUACUUCGUCCCCCUACACAACUUCUAUCUGACCCCCGACAGCUUUGACCAGAAGGUGCACAACGUGGCCUUUGCCUUUGAGCUGAUGCUGGAUGGAGGACUCAAGAAGCCCAAGGCACGCCCUGAAGAUGUGGUGAACUUGGACCUCAAAUCCACUCUGCGAGUCCUUUACACUCUGUUCACCAAGUACAAGGAUGUGGAGUGACAGAGUGGCUGAUCCUCCCGGAACCAUUUCCUAGGCAAGAAAAAUGGAUGUGUCCAUCCACGGCCCCUGCUUUCCCAGGAGACACGUCCCCAAGGAGACCUCAGGCUUCCCAUCCCAGCUGUGCGGCGUCCCUCCUCUCUGCCCCCUGCCUGGUUUGGUUGUUGUUUUAAAACCUUUUUCCUUUAUGGUCCCCCCGGCCAACCCGUUAGGUCUUUGAGAACUUGGUGCUUAGAACACCCCCUCA